UUUAGAGAAAGUUCUUACUACCUAUUUUUCCGUUCGGUGGGAGGGUUAGCGGAACAGCUGGAUGCUGGGAGACGGGUUGGAGAGUGGUCCAUCUACACACGGAGGUAAAACACUCAUCUAGCGGCAGCCACAAGGAUCGUGACAUCCUUCGCCGAGAACCGCAGCACCGCAGCACCGCAGCAGCAUAGUUCAUUGUACCGUGGUCGUGGAGGCAGCGGGGGGUCGCAGCGGAAAAAAAGCUCCCAGAAAAUAGAAAUACUCCACAAUGGAUCAUUACGAUGGGGAAACUAACGAUUACAGGCAGCAAGAGGACGACUGGGACCGGGAUCUUCUCUUGGACCCAGCGUGGGAAAAGCAGCAGAGGAAGACUUUCACUGCCUGGUGUAACUCCCACCUGAGGAAGGCUGGCACACAGAUCGAGAACAUAGAGGAGGACUUUCGAGAUGGCCUGAAGUUGAUGUUGCUCCUGGAGGUCAUUUCAGGAGAGCGUCUGGAAAAGCCAGAGAGAGGAAAGAUGAGAGUGCACAAGAUCUCCAACGUCAACAAGGCUCUCAAUUUCAUCACCAGGAAAGGGGUCAAGUUGGUGUCCAUUGGGGCCGAAGAAAUUGUGGAUGGAAAUGCCAAGAUGACCUUAGGAAUGAUCUGGACCAUCAUCCUCCGCUUUGCCAUCCAGGACAUCUCUGUGGAAGAGACGUCAGCCAAAGAGGGCCUGCUUUUGUGGUGCCAGAGGAAGACGGCUCCCUACAAGAAUGUCAACAUUCAGAACUUCCAUAUAAGCUGGAAAGAUGGUUUGGGAUUUUGCGCGCUCAUUCACAGACACCGUCCAGAGCUCAUUGACUACGGUAAACUGCGCAAGGAUGACCCCAUGACCAACCUGAAUACUGCUUUUGAUGUAGCUGAGAGGUAUCUGGACAUCCCCAGAAUGCUGGAUGCUGAGGACAUUGUGGGCACUGCCCGCCCGGAUGAGAAGGCUAUCAUGACCUACGUCUCUAGCUUCUACCAUGCCUUCUCAGGCGCCCAGAAGGCGGAAACGGCAGCCAAUCGGAUCUGCAAGGUGCUGGCGGUGAACCAGGAUAACGAGAGGCUAAUGGAGGACUAUGAGAAGCUGGCGAGCGACCUGCUGGAGUGGAUUCGGCGCACCAUCCCCUGGCUGGAAAAUCGGGUCCCGGAGAACACCAUGGCAGCCAUGCAGCAGAAGCUGGAGGACUUUCGGGACUACCGGCGCUUGCAUAAGCCACCCAAAGUGCAAGAGAAGUGCCAGCUGGAGAUCAAUUUCAACACCCUGCAGACGAAGUUACGACUCAGCAACCGGCCUGCGUUCAUGCCCUCUGAGGGCAAGAUGGUCUCGGACAUCUCCAAUGCCUGGAGUGGCCUAGAGGGAGCAGAGAAAGGCUAUGAGGAGUGGCUUCUGAACGAGAUCCGCCGACUGGAGAGAUUGGACCAUCUGGCUGAGAAGUUCCGACAAAAAGCUACCAUUCACGAGGGAUGGACUGCAGGCAAGGAGGACAUGCUCCAGCAGAAGGACUUUGAGACUGCCUCCUUGUCAGAGAUCAAGGCCCUGCUGAAGAAACACGAGGCCUUUGAGAGUGACCUGGCUGCUCAUCAGGAUCGUGUGGAGCAGAUUGCUGCCAUUGCACAGGAGUUAAAUGAGCUGGACUACUAUGAUUCGCCGAGUGUGAACGCACGCUGUCAGCGCAUAUGUGAUCUGUGGGAUUCCCUGGGAGCGCUGACCCAGAAGCGCAGUGAGGCUCUGCAGAGAACGGAGAAGCUGCUAGAAACAAUCGACCAGUUGUACCUGGAAUUUGCCAAGAGGGCAGCGCCCUUCAACAACUGGAUGGAGGGUGCAAUGGAAGACCUACAGGAUACAUUCAUUGUCCACACCAUCGAGGAGAUCCAGGGUCUGACUGCAGCUCAUGAGCAGUUCAAAGCCACGCUUCCUGAGGCAGAUAAAGAGCGUCAGGCCAUCCUGGGCAUUCACAAUGAGAUUACCAAGAUUGUCCAGACCUACCAUGUCAACAUGGCGGGCACCAAUCCCUAUACCACCAUCACCCCUCAGACCAUCAAUGCCAAGUGGGAAAAAGUGAGACAGCUGGUCCCCCAGAGGGACCAGGCACUGGUUGAAGAGCAUGCAAGGCAGCAAAAUAAUGAACGUCUUCGCAGACAGUUCGCCAGUCAGGCCAAUGUCAUUGGGCCCUGGAUUCAGACCAAGAUGGAGGAAAUUGGGCGCAUCUCCAUUGAGAUGCAUGGGACCUUGGAGACUCAGCUGACACAGCUGCGCCAGUACGAGAAGAACAUCGUCAACUACAAACCAAAGAUCGACCAGCUGGAGGGGGACCACCAGCUCAUUCAGGAAGCUCUCAUUUUUGACAAUAGACACACCAACUAUACCAUGGAGCAUAUCCGUGUGGGCUGGGAACAGCUGCUCACCACCAUCGCACGCACCAUCAAUGAGAUCGAGAACCAGAUCCUGACACGAGACGCCAAGGGCAUUAGCCAGGACCAGAUGAACGAGUUCCGGGCCUCCUUCAACCACUUUGACCGGGACCACUCGGGCACCCUGGGCGCUGAGGAGUUCAAGGCCUGUCUGAUCAGCCUGGGUUUCGAUAUGGCCAACGACACUCAGAAGAGAACAGGAUUGAUGGAUGCUGAUGACUUCAAAACCUGCCUUAUCUCCAUGGGUUACAACCUGAGCGAAGCAGAGUUUUCCCGCAUCAUGAGUGUUGUGGACCCGAACCGACUGGGCCUGGUGACUUUUCAGGCGUUCAUAGACUUCAUGUCCCGAGAAACUGCCGACACAGAUACUGCCGACCAGGUCAUGGCCUCCUUCAAGGUUCUGGCAGGGGAUAAGAACUACAUCCUUCCAGAAGAGCUCCGCCGGGAGCUGCCACCGGACCAGGCGGAGUAUUGCAUAGCCCGCAUGGCUCCGUACUCUGGCCGUGAUGGUGUGCCAGGUGCCCUCGACUACAUGUCUUUCUCUACUGCCCUCUACGGGGAGAGCGACCUCUGAACUCUCCUCCACGGCUGCCAACACGCAACUCGCCGUGUGCCCACCACUGCCAGACCCUAACCUCGUUUUGUGACUAGCCACUGGCCCCACUCUGCCAAGCACGUUUUGGGUUGUUUUUGUAUGCAUUCCGCCUUCCCGCUGCUGAUCUCCUCCUCAUAUACCCCACAUCCCACCAGCCCUGUAAGUGCAAUGCAGCCGCUCUUCAGGUUUACAAAAGGGGAGUGUACUUUUUCAUCUGGAAAAAAUAAAAAGCAACAUAUUUUAUUAUACAGAACAAAAGGUAUUUUCGCCAACUGAUUUAAUGAAAAUGAAAAAUAAAGGAAAAUAUUA